AGUGGAAGUGGAUGUCUCGCAAAAGGAGUCAUUGAAACGAUUGUUUCAAUCAGUGACUGAUAACUACGACAACAGAGUGGCCACUCUUCUGGUGAACUGCGCCGGCAUUACGAGAGAUAAGUUGGUUGUGGACAUGACUGAAGAGGAGUUCGACAAAGUGUUGGCCGUCAACCUGAAGGGCACAUUCCUGGCCACUCAACUCUUUUGCCAACAAAUGAUCGAAAGGAAGCAAACGGACGGAUCGGUUGUGAACGUGUCGAGUGUGAGCGCGAAGUUAGGAAACAUCGGUCAAUGCAAUUACAACGCUUCCAAAGCUGGUGUCGAGGCCUUCACCCGCACCGUCGCCCGAGAAGUGGCUAAACAUCAGAUCCGUUGCAAUGCAGUUAUGCCCGGAUUUAUCGACACUCCGAUCGUCGAAACUGUUCCUCAAAAAAGUUUGUAUUUCAUGGACUCA